AUGAUUUCUCGAGCAGUUCUUGCUCGAAGUAUAUGCCUGCGAUGCCAGUUGCGACUCCUCGACCGCCCCAGGGCUCUCAGCUCCCACCGAGUGGCACCUUUACGAUCCGAGUUCCUCCAGCGACGGCAUUAUAGUAGUCCCGAGUCUGCAUGGGAUCGCCUCGAGGCGGACUCGCAAACGCAAGAAGAAGAGAAGGGUGGAGAGAAACUAGGAAGGAAUCGAGAGCAAACCAAGGUCAAAAGUGGUCUCGACGAGCAUAUUGGACGACGUCAAGACCCCGCACCUGUAGAAGACGACAUAGCAUCGAGUAGCAAGGACGAGAACGAGCCCCCCGCGGCGAAAUCAGAUGGGCCUCUGUUGUUCAAGAAAACAUGGCAGGAUAGAGGGGACAUCAGAAGAAUGAGCGGCCGUGUGGUGAAACUCAAGCAUGCUGUGCUUCCUGGCAACGCGCUGGGCAAGGUUGCCAGAGCGGUCAUCAUGCGCGAUUCGAAUAGGGCCGUCCGCAAGCUGCCCGUCGAGCAUAUGGCCGCAGAGAAGCAAGUGAAUCUUGCUGCAGACUUGGAGAGACAGGCGCAAGAGCUCACAGAGGAGCAAUCGCUGGCCAACAUUGAGGAGCUGCGUCCCAGCGACUCCAUCCUCUACAGGCACGAGUUUGAUGAGCUGCUACGGAACUUGCUGAAGGGCUUCACAGUCUCUCAGCUGAAGGCUUAUCUUCUGGUUGCGAGCAAGACUGCUCUGAAGAGCCCUGAACCCAAGGAACAGCCGAUGUACAGCAUUCUUAGAGGCACCAAAUGCGAGCCUUGGGCGCCGUUGCGAAAGCUCAAGAUUACUGGGUCACCCAAGGAAAGAAUUGGAUUAACUCUGUUGACGGAGGCUUGGGGCCUUCAGAUCAGAGAGUACCUCGAUGGUAAAGGUGUAUUCAAUCCCAAAAUUGCCACGCGAUUCCUGCGUAUGCUUUCAAGAGAAAAGAAGCGCCUCGACGCCAUCAGAAGGACGUAUCUUGAUGCGGAAGAGAAGAUUCUUAUCGGGCAAUCAAGUAUUAAGGUCAUCGCCACAAAGGCUAAGACAGACACCAUUAUGAAGGAAUUGGAACAGGCGGCCAGGGAUAUGGUUGUUCAAACCAUCAACGACGUUUUUUGGGUACCCAAUGAUGACGAGGUCGUCACGCUUUUGGAGCAUUUAGGCCAGCUCACGAGCACCUUGAUCAAUCACAAGCCCAAAGAAAAGAUUAAUCAGAUCGAGGUGGCAUGGUUCCGCGACGGGCCCGAGCAAAGAGGCCAAGAACGCCGUGCCGACGUCGUUCAACGUCUCCUGCUCACCGCACUCUGGCCCAAACAAGAAACUGUAUACCUCAAGGGUCCGAAAGACACUGAAUGCCGACUCAUUCCUAUGGUGCUUGGGCGCGAGAGGUUUUCAUGGGUGGACAAGUUGAUUCAAUGGUCUCGCUGGGCGAAACCAGUCAGCCGUGACUCCGAUCCUGAAUCCCGCAUCUCACUGGAAGAGCGCGACGUCCUACGCAAGCCCGUCGAGGCACCGCCGGGACAGUCAGAAUUUCCUGGGACUAGCAAAGCAUACACCGCAACCGCCGCCAGCUUCGGUCACAUUCUGCACAAGAAUGCCGACGCCUUCAACGUGGCCGCUGCCACCGAUCCCAGUCCACACAUCUUUUCUCCCACCUCUCCUCCUCCCGCCAGCCUUGUUGCCCUGUCCCAGAGUCUCAACUCAUCCAAACCCGUCACCACCUCACUCGUCCUCACCUUCCGCUCCCUCCCGUCCGUCAACGACUUAAAACCUAAUAAGUCCAAUGAGUCCGCUAAGUUGGAAACCGGUCGUCCCGACCUUCUCGAGCUGCAACUCACGAUACCCGAUGACCUACCAGAAGGGCCUCUCACGUGGGACUCAUGCCCGAAGCGCCUCGUCGUGGUCGCGGAUCAACACCACACCGACGUCUCCUUACCGGAUCAACCCGUCGAUCUGCGCAUCUCCCAGACCGAUCUGAGGGUCAUUUCCGCCUCUGCUCUCGACGACUCCCCCUUCCGCGAGUACAUCAACACCGCCGAACUCGACCUCCUCGCGGGACGGCUCGGCCCUCCCCCAAUGAUACGCAUCGCGGACACGCCCUUCAAUCCGCAAAUCAAGAACCCCUCAGAACCGACGGACUACAUGUUCGCGGGUCUGGAGAUGCGCCGCACGCUGGAGGCAGACUACCAAGGGUACAAGCUUCUGUACACGAGUGUCCAGGCCGGUCACCACGGCGGUCGGCGCGCAGAGAUGGUUCUCGAGGCGCAGCCUGCUGAUCCAUUUCUGCCCCCAGAGGAGCAAGACCUCCAUGCUGCGAGGUUCCUGAGCCUGGCCAAGGACCUGGCUCAGGGCAAGGUGGUGAAGUGGGUGGGAGAGGUCGAUGCUGAGGCGGAGAGCCAAAGGAGGUUAGCUGCCGCCGAGCCUGUGGCAGAGCCAGAGGGUUCGGACAGCAGCAUGUAA